AUGGAAGACUUGUGGAAUGACGCCCCACGAAGAGCCUGGCGAAGUGCACGAAAGAAGCUCGGUCUGGCCGCCUCUGCCGACGUAGCAGUAUUAGCCAAGAUGCUAAAAGCAACGGCGAGAAUGGCGGAAAAAGACAUCAAGGAUGCCGCGGAGCACGCAGGUUUGCGUAUGCUGACGACUGAUUCCGGGCUACAAUUAAACCAGCUCAUCGCUGCGUAUGCCGGCCAUGGGAUGGGCCUCUCUGAGAGCGGUUCCGAAUGUCAAACAUCAGCCGGAUUCCCUGGGUGCCACACAGUCAUCGUGGAAUAUACCGAGGAUGCUAUCUUACUCGAUGGUCGACCGCUGGAUCGCGCUCACGAUAUCGCGAACUACGAAGAUGAUAUACGAACAAGUUUCGAUCUUGGCAGCCGAAGCUCGGCAACGGAGGAGCAAGUACGCGAUUUCGUUCUAGAGUAUCUGCGUAAACUGUACAUUGGUUACACGAAGAGGCCCUGGGUCUUUCCUGAAGAAAUCACUGUCAUAAUGACGGGAAGUCGAGAUAGCGUCGGUCGUGAAGAGAUUCGGAUGGCAAUCGCAGAUGCUUUCAGCUUAUUUGGAACGCGGGCCAAGAUGCUGUAUUCUGACCCUGAAUACGUAGCAGCGAGGGGCGCGGCUGAGAUCGCAUGGCGAGCGUUGCUAGAAGCGGGGAAAAAGAAAGAGAAGAUAGAAUUGUGA